UGCCGAGAAGCAAGGGCAGUGCAAUGUAGGCACAGCACUGUACUGUAUGUCCAAACAAACUCUAAGUACAAGCAACAGCAUGGCCUUGGAACAGCCACGUGGGGCCUUAGGAAAGAUCUCCAUUGUUUUUGCAACCAAGCUCAAGUCAUUUACAUUCCUGCCAGUUCUCAAAAAGCUGCCUACAGAGAACAUACUUAAAUCCCCGCGGGAGGAAGGGUCGAGCAAAGUUAGUGAGGCUUCAGAAGACCAUGGGGCAGCAGAGGAAAAAACAAUGGAUGAAGGUUCAUACAAGGCUGAGGUUGUUUACAUUAGUGACAGGGAGCCCCAAGAGAUAACCAACCACUAUGAAACUCAGCAGAAAUUUACUACCAAGUCAGCUAUUGCCCCAUUGCCUACACCAGAAGAAAUGGGAUACAGUACUCCAAAGCCUUGGUCUAGCACCCAGGACACAGCUAACAAUAAAGAUCCAAGGACCCUUCAGUUAGGGUGUCACAGCACAGGAGCGGUAGUCAGCUCAGGUCUGUUUUUAAACAAUGGGUCUCAAAGAGAGGAGGAUGUUCUGAGCCCAGUCAGCUCUGUGGAACUCUUUACAUCCCCUUUCUCUUCUAAAGAGUCCAUCCUAUCUGAGGGCUGGGAGCAGGAAACAGGCUGGUCUGCACUCCGAAUGCUCCAAUCUCCCAGUGGUUCUAUCUCCCCCUGUUCAUCUGUCAGGUCAGGAGCUUUUACCCCAUCAGUAAGGAGAAUCAAAUGCCAUACACUGGCCCCAGCAUCCAGCCUAAUGCAGAUGCCACUUACCUCCUGCCAGAGCCUGGGUUGCAACAAACAUAUCACCUUACCAUGCCCAUUGUCCAAGCGAACCCGACAUAGGCCCCCACCCACACAGCUGUCACUAUUAACAGCCAUCUUAAGGAAGGGCCGUUUGCCAGUCCUUUCUUCUGCAUUUCAGAGGCCCUAUUCUCCUUGUUGGCCCAUUAGCCAAGUUAACAUAUCAUCCUGCGUGGCCUGCUCAGCAGCAUCAAAUGUAGCUCCCAUGGUGGGCUUACAAUCAAAGUCUUGUGUGUCUAAAUGCAAAACAUGUACAGAUUCCAGUUGCAAAGCAAGACCAAAGCUGCCAGAUAUAACUGAUAAGACAAAGCCUGUGUCACCCAGGGAUGAAAACAAGGGAAGUCUCUCGCCAGCAGUCAUAGAAACAACAGAUGCAACUGAUUCUAAAUCAUAUGCAGACAAAAAUAGGUUUAUUUCUUUCCCAGAAGGUAGAAAUUAUUUGACCAUGCCAAGUUACUCUCCAUGCGAGCCUUCUCUAUCACAUACAUACAAACAACCCCAUAAAGGUAUUGAUUUAUCCAGAGACUCCAUGCCUUUUUCUCCUGAAUCCUAUUUAGGCUCUCUUAUUCAAGCAAAUGGACAGAACUCAAAUGAAACCUCUUCAAUUGUAGGAAAUAUAAAACCUUGUGAGACAUCAUUCUCUCAUUUGAAACUUGUACAGAAGUCACAUGAACAACCUUCUACCCCUGAUCACAAAUCCAGUCAACAGUCUCAAGACACCUUGGCCUCAGAAAGCUCAAAGUACACAGAUGUCAACCUAGAUUCUCAUUUGCGAAACAACAGGAGAAUCCUCCAAGAAUUAGAAAAAAUUCAUUCAGCAUCCCCAGGUCGCAGUUCUCAAAAUUCUCCUUCCCCAAGGGUUGCUGGCCUCACCCAUCUCUCCAACAUAUAUUCUGUUUCACCUGUGCUCCCUUUACCAAGACCAGACUCCUGCACUUCAACAUCAGAUCGCUACAUAUGGUCUCCAUCACCAUCAGGCCCCUAUCAUCACCUCUCCCCUUCUCCCAAUUACUCACUCAGUUCCUCGCCUACUCCAUCCCUAAGGGACAGUCAGACUCCAGACUCCAUAGACAGGGGUAGCAAAAGGCCAUACAAGAUUAAGUCUACCUACAAGGCUAUUGCUGCUAUUCCAACAAAUAGACUUCUUCUGGAACAGCAGGCGAUUGAUGAUGAAGUCAGUAGAAAUAAUACUCCUUUGGACCCUAGUGACAGUUUUGCAUGGGAGGAUCCUCAUUCUCAGAUGUACAGCCCUGCUGAGCUCCGACAGCAGUCCGCAGAGCUGUAUGAAGUGAUCGAUGAAGUAUUAAAGGACACAAACCAAACAGUUACCUCAAGCCAUAAUAACAGACUCAGUGCGACAUCUGUGGCAGCUGAGUCAACAAGGAAACUAACACCAUCACCAUCACCAAGAUCUUUAGGACGAGAAACAAAAUAUGCUCAUUUUCAACACCAACCUCCUGCACAUGCGAAGAAAACACUGACAAAGCCGGGGGUUAUAAGACCAGUCAUAGUUAUGGCAAGAUUAGAUGACAAUGAGAAAAGUUGUUUGUUGAACGCCUGUCAAAAACAGCAUGAUAGUUCCUCACCUGAUCACCAGGACAAGCUUGCCAGCAGAAUGUCGUCCCUCAAGGAUGAGGCUCAUGGAAGAGGAGACUUGGAAAGGGAGAGGGAUUCCUCAGAGGUACCUGAGAAGUGUAUGUCAAGCUCAACACACAUGAUGAAUCAGGCCAGGGACUACGAUACUCCAUCGCCAAGAGGCACGUCUCUAUAACAAGUCCCCGCCUCUGUAAAGUCUUUGAAGAGUGAAAAUGAAAAACUGUGGUAGUCACACAAAAUAAGUUGCACAGAGGAAAAAAGAAAGAAAUGCGACAAGGUGACCUCUUAUAUUGUAAAAUGAAAGAGUCCAACCUCUGAAGAUGACAGCGGAGGGUCUUCUAGAAUUCUAUAGGAAAUAAGAUUUACCUGAUGCAGCUCAAUUUUAUUGUUACUAUAGAAUAAUUUGGUGUAUUAUUUCUCUGAAGUAUGUAAACAGCAAAAGCAUGUAUUUUUUUAAAGCUGUUCUAUUUUAAUGCAUUAAUUAAAGCGUCAAUAGAAAAUUAAGAAAAUGUUGUAUAUUUUCUUUCUUCUGCAUUUCUACAAUCUGAUUUAUUUUGCCCGUAACGUGUGAAUGAGUGUGUAAGUAUGUGUGUAUCUGUAUUUAAUAAAUCCUUAAUAUAAAGCAUUAUUGUAUGGUAG